GUUGGUUUCCUUAAUCAUAACCAAAGACUUAAGAGUUCAUUUUCAUCAUUCAUGCUAAAGAGUUUAUAAAACAUCAUUUCUGUUUAAUGUAUAUACUAUAUAUCUAUGUUUAUGGAAAAAUACCGUACUGUAUUUAUAGCAUUAUGCUCUAAAAGAAUAUUUGUUUAGUUUAAAGUGGAUGGUAUUGCCUAAUUUGAACUAUAAAAUUUAGUUUCAUUGUCAACAUUUCAUUGCUAUAAUGUUGCAUGUCAGUUUAUAUAUUAUAUAGAGUCGUAGCAGCAAACAUAUUGCGCUGUACAUGGCUUGCCAAAUACUUCGGUAGCCUAUAUUAGGGUGUUACAAAACUAGGAAAAUUACAAGGUGCAAAAAUAUAGUUAAAGGACUAUAUAUGAGUAACCCUUAUUGUUUUGGCCAUAAAACCAUUUCACUACAUCUACUUAGUGAGUUUGUGUAAAGUUUGAAAUGCCAUGUUUGUUAUUAGUUUAGAAUUAAGAUUUUUAUUAUAUUUUAAUGUCGCAAAAUGAACUUUAUACUUAAUUUAAUUUAUAUACCGUUUGUGGUCUGUGUUUCUUGGCUGUUUGUUGUACAAAAUUAUUAACAAAAGUAAACAAUGCCAUUUAAACAAUUAUUGCCUAAAAGUUUAACUCUUAAAGGUGCAAUUUUUGUUUUUUAAGUUUAAAAUAAUAUUAAUUAACAGCUUCAAACGUUGCAUGUAAUUUAUUUAUUCACAGCGUGUUCAAUAAAUGCAGUUUUCGCUUAUCAUAUGCAGACUCUCAAAAAAAGCUAGAAAAUUUUAGAUGUGAAUUCUGAAAUCAUUAAUUUCCAAUGUUAUGAUCAAAUGCAGUUUGUCCAUUCCAAGAUUCCUGCAAUCUAAAACUUUGAACUCAAUCAAGACAUUGGAACGAUGCCAACAUGUAAAAAGUAAUUGGGUGAAACACAGUGUUGGAUGGUGCAACAAUGGACAUAUUAACAUAAAAACCUACAACACACUGGGACUUGGUCAUCCUACUCUAAACAAGUUUCAUCGUUGCCAUUUAAGUUGUAUAUCAUCUCAGCAAUGCAGAUCAUUCUCACUUAGUUGUAAGCUUCUAUCUUCAAAUGAAGAAUGGGAAAACCUGUUGGAAAAUAAAAGCAAAAAGGAAAAAAUUGAAAGUAUUCCAGUGAAGAAAGAAAACAUCUACACUGUCCCAAACCUACUUUCAUUUUGUAGAAUCGUGGUUUCCCCUUAUCUCAGUUACCUUGUGCUUACUGGUCAAUCCCAAACAGCUUUAGUGUUGUGUGUGAUUGCUGCCGUAACUGACAUGAUUGAUGGACAAAUAGCUCGUACUUGGCCGUCACAACAAACAGCAUUGGGUUCGGCACUUGAUCCACUUGCUGAUAAAGUUCUGGUUGCUUUUCUUUCCCUUUCUCUCACAUAUGUCAACAUUAUACCAUGGGCACUUACUGGUUUGUUCAUUGGUCGUGACGUCAUCCUUAUUCUCGCUGUGUUUUAUCUACGUUACAAGACAUGCCCACCCCCUGUAACUUGGGAAAGAUAUUUUGAUCCAAGUUUAGUUAAUGUUAAACUCUCCCCAACCAACCUUAGCAAGGCAAACACUGCGGCACAGUUGAUUCUGUUAUGGUGCUCUGUGGCUGCUCCUGUGUUUGGGUUUGUAGACCAUGCUGCACUUCGUUGUUUGUGGGCGUUCACUGCUUUUACUACAGUAGCUUCUGGUGUCAGUUAUAUCUUACAAAAAGACACAAUUCGAAUCAUGAAAGAAAGCCCAUGAUGUAUGGAUUGUAUUGCUCUACAUACUUGUUUGCAAUGGGAACUGCCAAGAGUUUCUAACCUAGUUGACUGGAAUAAGCAAAUGGAUGAACUAUUCUGUGCUCUACAUCGGCAAAUGGUUUAACCUUUUAGAAAGCGCUUCUAAAUAUCUAUGUUACUUUUUGAUGUUCGGAAUCUUAGGUUCUCACAUCGUGAGGCUUAAGUGUUGCGCAGAUUCCAGUCUAGUUUGUAAAGUUAGACAGCUAUGCACUUUAACAUAGGUCAGGUAGACUAUGUCUCCUAAUAGUAAGAGCUGGCAGUUUUGCAAAACAAGAGUGAAACACUGCAAAUUAUAAAGCAAAAUUAUGUGAACUUGACAUAAGAAUCUAUUGUCUUACAUUGCAUCUGUGCUUCCAAUAUGCCGUUAGAUUCUGUAGUUGAUUCAAUCAUAAUUUCAAAAGCAUCAUGCAUCAGGAUAUCCUGGUUUACUUUUUAUUUUGUGUCAUUAUUUCUACCAUUUAUUGUGUAUAAUUUUGCUUUUAUACAGAAAAAUAAUUCACUACAUAAUUUUUCAUGAAUAUUUUGUUCGGCUUACCUGUCCUUAAUAAACAGGCAGAAAAUGAAUCCGCUCAAUACACCAGUUUGUCCAUAAUGAA